AUGUCCACAAUCGAUAACGACGCUCCAACAGAUCCUUCAACCGUCCCGGAGACUACAAACAGCGGGGAAGCAGCGGGAGAAGAGACAGAAACAAAACCUACCCGAUCUCGCCGACCAUCCGUCGAUGCUGAAGACCUGACCAGAAGACUAGAGCGCCUGAGCACUCCCUCUAGAACCCUAAACAAUUUUAGUGGGGUACCUCCAAGCUGGUUAUACCCACCGCCUGUCACUCACAUACCAGGUAGGUCUUCACCAAAUGUACCUUUCACCUGGAUUCGACAAGGUCCACACGGUUGGUGGGGGCCUUCUUAUCCAACUAUACCUCAUGGAUAUAUGAUGUGUCCAGAUGGUAGCUAUCUUAUACCGUCCCCUUACGGAAUGGUACCGUCUGACAUUGGAGGAUACACUUUGAGAUCCCCGCCUAUUGAGGGAUACAUGUCACAAUGGUCAGGUUUGCCAAGUCCACGGUAUCCGGGAAAUCGACCACAAUCAUUAAUCCAACCAAGUCCACAUUUCCUCCCACCUGUUACUUCGCCCUCCAUCCCUUAUCCCGCACAAGGGUAUGUGGAGUUAUUGACAAGAUAUGAAGAGAUUCGAGGACAUUCAGACGUUUACGCAGAGUCCUAUCCCAAUAGUGAAGACGAAACUGGAGGAGACACACGGAUGUCCAAUACGGACCGUCAUCGGACUGGUACUGGAAACAGACUUCCAAGAAUGAGAGAGAGACCGGAUCACCCUCAUAUAUCAUCCCAUGAGUCUAACGUCGCAACACUAGGGAGUCGAGUCCCUGGUCAACACAGACGCCGGAACCGACGUUUGUCCGUCUCAACGAAUCAUGAACAGGCACCGGGCAGGGGUGAAACAAGGUUAAAUAACAACUCACAAACAGAUGGACAAACAAGUUCAGGAAGAAGAACCACUCAUGUGGAGGUAGUGAGGAAUGGAGUAGUAAUUGCUGAAGAAGAUCUGGAAGAAGGGGAGAAUCUUACCCUUGGUCAGGAUACGAUGAAACGUUUAUCAAGCCAAUAUGUAUCUUACGGCGCCCGACAAGUCCGUUGUGGACCUGACGAAACCUCACUUGUUCGACAAGCAGCUUCAAAAGUGUAUGGACCUCUGGUAAUUGGGAAUUUCCUUUCUUGUUGGUUAUAUGGCGUCUUCAUCAUGCUCUUUCACCUUUAUUUCAGACUUUGUAAGAAAGAUAAAACUUUGAAUCGAUGUGUUGUCCUGGUUUUGUUUGUACUCACAACUUUGGAUACUACUUUUCAUGCCAUACGCACUGUUUUGUUAACUGCUUCUCAUCCUGGUGAUGUCGAAUAUUUCCAAAUGCUCAACAAACGAUUCGAAGAUUGGGCAGGAUUAUUAACUUCAAAUCUCACCGCUACUUUUUCACAAGCUUUUAUGGCAUAUCGUAUCAUCUCUUUCGCUAGAGCUAUGAGACCGACAUACGGACCAAGAACAACAUUACUUAUUCGAAUAUUAGGAAUCAUCUUGUCAGGUGGUAUUUUAUUAUCUUUAGGAUCAGGUAUGGCACUUCCUUUAUAUUUACGUACUAAACAUACUUAUCAUGAAGUAUCAAGAAGAUCUGGAGAUCUUAUAUUCCCUUGUUUGACAAGUUUACAACUUGGUAGUUUUCUGGGAUUAGAUGUGAUGAUUACUAUUUUGAUGACAUUGGAACUUCGACUAGCUAGGACUGGAUUCGCAGCUUCUAACGGUAUCCUCGACGUUUUAGUAGCUCUAAUAGUGAAGAAUUGUCUACUAGUCACGGCACUACAAACCGCUCAAUUGAUAUGUUAUUGGAAAACUUAUACAACAUGGUCCGAAUUCUCACCUAUAUUCAUAGGAAAAGUCUACGCCAUAACAGUCCUAGGUAUACUCUGCGAACCAAGAGUAGCACAUCAAGUAUAUCUUCAUAAACUCGAUACUGAAGCCAUACCCGAUUUAGGUAUUUCAUCAAUUUCUCAAACCAUGACUUCAAUCACGAUUUGUAAUUCUUGUGGUUAUCCUUCUUCUCCUACUCCAUCAUCUUCCCCUCGACUGGAAAAUACGAGUGAUUGUCAUUGUCAACAUAGGAACAUGUACGAUACAGGAGGAAGUCCGAUAUCAGUAGGAAUGAAUAAAAGUCCUACGAUGCAAGAUGGUUUGAUUGGGUUUAGAGCUGCUUUGUUAGGAUUGGAAGAAGGAGAGUUAAGAGUGGAGGUACAUGAUACUCCGAGAUUGGAAAUGGAUCGGAUAUCCCAAGAAGGGGAUUUGAGAGUUGAAGAAAGUCAAGUUUGA